GACGAGAACACCCAGGUCAACAUCGCCAUCAAGGAAACGAAGACGGAGUCAAUCACUCACACCAACGCCGCCAUGUUUACCGCUCAGAACGAAUACGCCUCCGCCACCGGCAUUGAGCAAGUCGUCACCGAUAACAUCAAGGCCGCCUUCAACGGAACAGACACCUUCGUAGACACCAAGCGCAACGAAGUCACCCUCAACAUCGACUUCGACUGCCCCGUCAUCUGUCCCGCCAACCGAGCAACCACCGUCACUUGUUCCGGCUACACACAGCUCAUGUCCAUCACAUACACCGCCAAGAUGAAGCUCGUCCCCGAAGUCACCUUCACAGGAGGCUUCACCCGCGCCGGCAGCAAGAAAGGCGAAACCUCCCACUUCCUCAAGGGCGAGUCCAAGAAGCGUGUCUACACGGACAUUCCCAACGGUCCCGCCAAUGAGCUCAAGGACAAGGCAGCCUCAAACGCCGAUCCAUGGGACUGGACCGAGGCUCUCGACAAGAACCCCCACAUCCAAACCCUCGUCGACCGCAUCAGCGAUCCGCAAUGCUACGAAAUGUACGUCCGCGGAAAGUGGGAAGGCAUCAGCGGUUGGAAAUUUGUCAUCCAAACCGACAUCAAGACUGCUUAAACACCAUACGCCAACAUAACCAACCAACACACUCUCAAACCUCUCUGUCGCAUUCAAAGCAUCUGGCCCAUCGGCUCAACUCACUCACAUAUACCAACUAUCCCAACUAUAUACCAACUUUACGUUCCACGCUAGCAUUAGAUACGGUUCACGACACUUUGCUUUACUAGAUAGCCUACUCAGACACACACAUCACUUACUAGAAUGAAAUUACGCGAUAUCUGACAGGAGAAACGAAACUC